AUGAAACUAAUACAAACCAUUUUUUUGUUAAUCUUAAUCUCGGCAUUAAUACUCCAACAAUCGAAAGCUCAGGAGAAUUAUUGUUCGAGAGCCAACAUAGACCAUAUACCAGGAUGUUUCAUUGCGUUGGAAGCAGCAUAUGACAAAGAUUACAGUCGGCUAACAAAGAGUUGUUGUAGAGCAGUGUUCUCACUUCCUCCUACUUGUGUCGUGCUUUUGUAUCCUGGCGUAACUUAUCCUAUUACUGCCUAUAGAUUAAUUUGUCUUUAUAAGGAUGUUCCACCAUCAAAUUUAUAA